CACUCUCCCAGGCCCAUUGAGGUGGACCUUCAGCCUCCUAAUCUCCUCCUGGAGAAGCAAGACCUCCUCCUUCAACUCUCCAUAUGGAAUCAGUAUAGUAAACGACUUAUAAUUGAAGCUGGUUAACAAACUAGACUCCCUUAGGGGUUGCAAGGACAGAUGGCAUGGAGAGGGACAACUUAAGAAUAAGAAAAACUAAAUACUUGCACUCAUGAAGAAGAGGCAAUGUAGCAAGCGGAAGAAAAGAAUGGAAAAGGAAAACAAACAGGAACAUGAAAUUAAUUUAGAGCAAGAAACAGAAGUUGUAAUUAAAAAAGAACAGAGGGAAAUUCCAGAAAAACAAGAAGUAGCAGUUACCAUUAAAAAGGAGCAAAAUGAAGAGAAAGAAGAAAAUCAAGAGGAUGAAGAUGAAGAAAAAGAGUCCUCACAAUCCCCACAACCACCGGCAUCAGCAGUGUCGCCACCUUCAACAUCCAUGGGGCCAGAAGAAGCUGUUGUAGCUCAGUUAAACCAGCUGCAACAAACAGUAGUUUCUCAUAUACUGCAGUACCAAGCAGGAGUUAUGGCUCAGUUUCAGCAGCUUCAGCAGCAAAUGUUAUCACGAGCUAAGUUCCAAACUCAACCAGAAGUCCACCAUCACACCUCAGGUGAAAGCAAUGAGUAUACAGUGGAACCUCAGUACUCGAACAACUCCCUACUCAAACAAUUCAGUAUUCGAACACUUUGUUCAACAACAUUUGAGCAUAACAACUUUCCCGAGCCAAUUGACCAACACUGCAUUGCUUUAAGAAUUAAAACGCCCUAUCGCAGUAUCAAAAUGUGGUUUCAGAAUAGAAGAGCAAGCAUUCGCAAACGCUUGCCACCUAAGGACAGAG